GUUGACAACCAUUUGACACAAUAAUUAAUGACAAAUGUCGUGCCGAUUGUCCAGUAAUUGUCAGACUAUAGAGGAAUCCAUUCGUUUGGUGAAUGAAGCUCUGGAUAAUGCCAUUGAAAGCAAUGGACUCGAGACAGGCAUUCAAAUGCUCGAACCAUACGUUCACAACAGCUUAUAUCACAGUGCCUUCCGAUCCAUACUUAUUAUCCUCAAAGCAGGUCUUACCCUCAAAAAGUGGAAGUACAUGCCGAACUAAUUUACGCCAAAUUCUUGGGAAUGAGUGCUAUAUUGUGUGCAUUGGAGGC